AUGCUGAACCUGACGACGGUAGCGCCCCUCCUGCAGAAGACGGGCGUGUACGGGCCUGUCACCGCCACACUUGACUGGUGCGAGCUCAACCACCAGUUCUCGCCGUAUAUCGCGGAAAUGGCGAACACGUUCUCGAACUUGUUUACAGUGGGCAUCGCGUUGUUGGGCUAUGUCCAGGCGGCACGCGAGAAGCUGCCCGUGAGGUAUAAACUUGGGUAUGCGGGCGUUGGGCUCGUAGGCAUCGGCUCUUUCCUCUUCCAUGCAACGCUCCUCUUCUCAGCGCAGCUUGCGGACGAGCUGCCUAUGAUUUAUGUUGGCUCGAUGAGUCUGUUUUUGCUGUUCGAUAGUAAACCGGGCUUCGGACUCGCGAAUGCGCGGUCGCAGGGGCUGAUAGCAGCGUUAGUCGUAUUUGACGCCGUGUUCACGUUAAGCUACAUGCUAUACCGAAACCCAGUCUACCACCAACUCGUCUUCGCCACGCUCGUGAUCAGCACGACACUGCGGAUCACGUAUAUCCUGCAAUACACAUCCGCGGCGACGCGCAUCCCGCCGAAGAAGAAGAGCGCGAUUGGACACAUUUUUAGUACGGGCGCGGGGCUCUUUGCGUUUGGUUUCUUUUUGUGGAAUUUGGAUAAUAUAUUUUGUGGGCGGUUGACGGUGUGGAAGGUGGGUGUGGGCUGGCCGGGCGCGUUUUUGCUUGAGGGGCAUUCGUGGUGGCAUGUGUUGACGGGCUUGGGGUCGUAUUAUAUGUUUAUUGGGAUUCAGUUUGUGUAA